UCGGGUAAAGGGGAUGAACUCGGCGCAUGCGCUGAUGAGGGGGAACCCUGACUGCUGUAGCUAGCAUCUCGGUGCGAGGGGGAGUAUUGGAAACUAUACUGCGCCGGAAAAGAAAAUCCAUCAGUGACUUAUUCUAUCCCUAGCUAAUCCUCCUGCUAGCCACCGUCGCCUGGCACCCGAGACAACCUGUAAUACCCUGUAGUAGCCAGCCGCCCGGAGUGAGCAAGCAGCGUGCCAGUCAGUGCACGAUAACAUAAUUAGUUGCGUGAGCUUUUCGCAUAUUAUUCAUAUCCUCUCUUUACAGCCAUACGCUGUUAUCUCGUUACGAGUUGGGGAAGAUGAGGCUGCCGACCAGCAGACAGCAGUGUGCCAUGAUGGAAGGAGACGGCGGCCAGAAGAUGGAACACGCUCCCCCUCUGAGGAACCCCUUCGUGCAUCUCCUGAGGUUCACCCCCCUGGAGAAGGCGAAGAUAGCAUUGAUGACGGUGACGAUAUUCCCAAUCAGACUCAUCAUCGUGGCGUUCAUGAUGCUUCUGGCCUGGCCCUUCGCCUUCCUGGCUUCGAUGGGACGCUCCGAGGCAGUCGUCGAACCCCAGUGCCUAUGGCGGAGAGUGGUGGACCUGCUGCUGAAGGUCAUCAUGCGGCUCAUGUGGUUCGCGGGGGGCUUCCACUGGGUCAAGGUGAAAGGUCGCAAAGCGUUGCCCGCGGAGGCGCCCAUCCUGACCCUGGCGCCCCACUCGUCCUACUUCGACGCCAUCCCCGUCACCAUGACGAUGGCCUCGAUUGUCAUGAAGGCGGAGAGCAAGGACAUUCCGCUAUGGGGCACCCUGAUCAAGUUCAUCAGGCCCGUGUUCGUGUCGCGGUCGGACCCAGACUCCCGGAGGAAGACCGUGGAGGAGAUCAAACGCAGAGCCUGUUCCGGAGGGGAGUGGCCCCAGAUAAUGAUCUUUCCAGAGGGAACCUGCACCAAUAGAUCCUGCCUCAUUACAUUCAAACCAGGGGCGUUCAUCCCAGCUGUUCCUGUGCAGCCUGUUGUGAUUCGCUACCCCAACAGAAUGGACACCAUCACGUGGACGUGGCAGGGGCCAGGGGCGUUUGAAAUCUUGUGGCUGACUCUGUGCCAGCUCCAUAAUGAGUUUGAAAUCGAGUACCUUCCGAUCUACACCCCCUCAGAGGAGGAGAAGGGGAACCCAGCUCUGUUUGCCAACAACGUCCGUCGCAUCAUGGCCAAGGCCCUGAGAGUGCCCACCACAGACUAUUCAUUUGAUGAUUGCCAGCUGGCCAUGGCGGAGGGCCAGCUCCGCCUGCCAGUCGACACCUGCCUGCUGGAGUUUGCCAAGCUCGUCCGCAGACUGGGGCUGAAGACCAAGAGCACGGAGCAGGUGCUGCAGGACUACGGCCGCCGGGCCCGUAAGCUGGAGGGGCAGAAGCUCAGCCUGGAGGACUUUGCCCUCUACUUGGACAUGCCCGUCUCUGACAUGCUGCGGGAGACGUUCGCCUUGUUCAGCGAGCAUGAAGACAACACCAUGGAUAUCAGAGAAUAUGUGAUCGCCUUGUCAGUCGCUUGCAGACCAGCCAAAACUCUGGAAACAUUGAAAUUGGCCUUUAUGAUGUUUGAGGCGGAGCAGGACGGCGCCAUCACGGAGGCGGAGCUUGCGGUCAUCCUGAAGACGGCUCUGGGCGUGGCCGAGCUCAGUGUGUCCCGCCUCUUCGUAGCCCUGGAUCCGACGGACAUGGGAAAGAUCACAUUCGACACAUUCCGGCGCUUCAUGGACCAGCAGCCGGACUUUGCGGAGGACUACCUGUAUGCGGACAACGAGGUCCUCCACAGCUGCCCCCACUACAGCCACCAUCUGGCGGUCAAGACCAGCCUCUUCUCCACCGCCAGCCGACUGGCCACCGCCCCCCUCAAGAUGGCCAACGGUAUCUGCCCCAAGUUCAGCCCCAAGGACCACAGCAGCGACUACACAGCGGGACUCCUCAAGAAACACAAUUAGGUUUUUAUAUAUAUAGAUAUUGGAGAGCUUUGUUUUUUGUCUUUUUUAUGUUUUAUUUUUAUAAAUGUGUAAGGGAAAGCGAAACCAGUAAGCCUCUCCUGGAGAGAGCAGGAUGAAUGUUUGGGGGUUUGGUGUGAGAAGCUAGUUUGGUUAGGUAGUCGAAAUCUAUAUUUGCAUAGUCAGCCAGAAACUCCAAAAGCAGAUAGUUUACCCGAUUUUAUUGUUCGAAACGUGGCCAUAACUCCUUUAUGGACAAGGUUACAGGUUUAAGAGUUUAUUUGAUAUCUUUGGCUUGUGUUUCUUUGGUUCUUUGGAGAAGGAACGGGGAGACACCAAACGAUUGGUGGUUUGUGACGCAUUGCGUGAAUACUUGAAGGGCGAGUGUACGGUGUACCUCUGUCUGUCAACAUGGUACCAAACCGCACGUGUUAUAUGUGAAGAGGGACACUAAAAGUAGAGAAAAAUAACACAAAAUCUUUAAAUAAAAAAGCCCUAGUUUGUAAAGUGUCUUUAGUGAAAUCAGUGUUCUCCAAUGUUCUUUUUUAUUUUAUGUUUUGUUCUAUAAGAGGGCGCAGGCGAUAACUGAACUGCAUGGUCUCAGGUGACUCUGAGCGGCGCCUGUCUGCUGGAAAGGCAUUUUUGGUUUAAUUUUUUUAUAUGUAUUGUUUUCGGAGGGUGGGGCACCAGUGACAAACGUUCGGCGAGGCCAAUCAGCUUCUCCCGGCCAAACUUGAGGUGCCAAAGCGUAAGGUAGAGGGUUCAGGACCGACCUGUAAUAUUCAACGUUUUUUUUUUUGCUCAGGGUCCAGUGAUGAAAAACAAAGCCUUGCUCGAAUGAUGUCAUCAUUGCCGGACAUUCACUUCUUCUCAUUUGCAUGCCCCCCCCCACUGCCUCUGCAACCCGUUCAUUAGCGGUUGUCUUUUUCAAAUUGUUUCAGAAUGAGGACCAAAAAGUGGAUGAUUAUGCAUCAAAUUAAUACUGCCCUAAAUUAUUCCCACCUUGUUCUUUUAUUCGUUCAUCGUCAGGGCUUUGUGAGUUUACUUGUUUCGCGUUACGCAGACUUUUGCACGCCCUGCUCAUAAUAUUCAGCCAUUAAUCCUCCACUGCUGUCGACUGCAAUUCCUCAAAACAUAUGUAAAUGUCUUUACAGCCAAAACAAUUAUAAGCAGGUCUUUUAAAUGUUUUGCCUUGGCAAAUGUUUUUCUCUUAAAUUCGUGGCCGCAAAAGUAUUUCAAAAUAGAACCAGGAGCCACUUAACCAAUGGUCUAUAGAUUUCUGCUAAGGUCAAUUAUAUCUCCUAAUUUAAUUGAAUCAAAACAUCUCUCCCUCAAUAUGUGAAUUAACUUUGUUCUGCUUUUCAAUAUGCUGAUUUGCAGCAUAUGAUGUAAUUGAAAAUGUUAUUUUGAGCCGUAAACCUGUUCUUGUUUCCAAACCUGACCAUUGCAUUUUAUAUCUAAUACGUCUGAAGCCACUCAGACAAAUCAUCAUUUUAUUUGUACCGGUAAUCUGAAUCAUUAUCUGAAUUACCAUAAAACAGAUUUGCAUUUUUUGUUUGGAAAAUUACAUAAUGCAAAAUAAUUCCCAUUAAUGACAUCAGCAUCCCAAAACCAUACAAUGUGACAUUGCUGUUUUACUUAUUUUAAUGUUUGAUGUUCAUCAAAGCCAGUGUAGUUUCAAUACAGUGUCUUCUUAAGAGACCAAUGUGCAUGUUGCAAUCAUAUGCUGACAAUGAAGGUCGAAUUAAUUCCUGUUUUUUUAAUAGUAUAUGCCCUUGAGUUACAAACCAAAAAAAAGUCUAAAAACACUUAAAUGCACAUUGAGUGACAUUUCAGAGCAUAAGUAAAGGGAAGUGGGUGCCAUUCCAUGUAAUUAAACCCCCAUCUACACUAGAAUAAGAUGACACUUAUGCUUUUCCAUAGAGAUCUAUGCAUUCAUUGCUUGAUUCACUCAUCUAUGAAUGCCUUCCCGGACAUGUGACGGUCACGCUCGUGGCAUUUUCUAACGGUCGACGUUGCGUUGAACCAUGCUUGCACGCCAACAUGACUUUCAGCCAGGCAAUAUCUUUUCAUCUCUUUAAGCCUUUUUCAGUGUGUAUCGUUCGUUUUCUCUGUUCACCGUUGCGAUACGUAUUUUGACUAUUCCGAAUGCAGGGCAUUUUGUGAAUCAUGAUGUACGUACGUGAAGUACUUUUUAUUUUAUUUUAUUUUUCAGAAAAAAAUAAUAGAUCUUUUUGCAGAGUGGAUCAACUUUCUUCAGUUGUUCCUUGUAUAAUGCUAUCGUUUCCGUGAUGUAUUCCCUGCUGACAUAGUGUGUGGGGGUCUAUUCUACUUCUAUUACUACCGCUGAGUCGACUGCUAUAGAGAUGUAUGAAAAUGCAGAUUUCAUACCGAAACUAAUAGCCUUGAAUCUAUGUACAACGACUUUAUUUAUAGUUUUAGUUUUUCCACUUUUUAAACGUGUGAAGCGAAUGUAUAGACAAUCUUGUCACACUCAGAUGCUGCUCGAAGAAUAGCACUGACGUACAGUAGAGUAUUUUCUCCUUUUGGAAAGCAACACUUUGAAGGGGGAAUCAUAGAAAUAUAUUUUCAACUGUUGGAAACCCCCACAGAUGCCCACCCUCCCACUCACCUGUUUGAAGGGUGCAGAUUGUAAACGUGUGUGUGUGUGUGUGUGUGUGUGUGUGUGUGUGUGUGUGUGUGUGUGUGUGUGUGUGUGUGUGUGUGUGUGUGUGUGUGUGUGUGUGUGUGUGUGUGUGUGUGUGUGUGUGUGUGUGUGUGUGUGUGUGUGUGUGUGUGCGCGCGCGCGCCAGACCUCGAGGUGGUGGUUAUGUUUUGGUUGAGUUCUUCCACCACAUAUGACAGGCCUGAGAUCACACAUACACACCCACUCAAACACACCACACUUCAUAUCGGGAGAAAACUUGUGAAUGCCGUGCCGACACAUUUAUUCACGUUUGCAAUUAUGAUUGCCUCAAUUGCUUCACGUUUUGUUUUUAUUGCUCAAAUCAUGCACAUUUGAGCGGGCAUUGUAUAUUCGGUUUCACUUUUUCUUUCUUUCUUCUCGAUUUCAAAUCAAGGGAGUCCAGGCUGGAUGCGAGAUGACAUCCUUAUUUCACCACGUACCGAUCGGUACUGGUUCUCUCACGUUUAGUAUUUAUUCCAUUCAUUGAAUCAAAGAAGUCAUUAGAGACCACACAGCCUCACACGGUCCCUUUAAUCAAUCGGCCCCCUGUUUUUAAGUCUGCUAAUGUAUUCUAUAUUCACGUGAAUCCAAAUUGAUGUUCUCUUUGAAUUGGGUUGUCUCAGGAAUGCAGAGCUCACGCUGUCUGGGAUCGUCGGUAGAGUAGAGGGACAUUAUCGGGGCCACGGUGAACAGCUCUUAGAGACUCGAUGACGGAUCGCACCAUAGAAUGCUGGUGCAACAUGUACCCGCAUGGAAUGGUUGUACAAAAAAAUAAAAUGACUCAAAAGACAUGCACAUUAUACUGAAUAUAUACGGGACUCUCGAAGCCAGCCACAUUACUCUUUAAUAGCUUAUGUGUGUUCUAUAUGAAUGGACUGUCCAAGCCGACAUAUAAUGAGGUCUAUUGUACAAGUUUACUAUGUGUGUGUGUGUGGUGAGUGUGUGCGUUUUUCACAGUAGCUUGUACAUUUCCUGCUAAUAUACGAUCCUAUUCGUGUUCUGGAGUCCGCCAUCCUUCUGUGGAUGCCUGGGAACUCGAGGAAAAGGGACGGAAUGGGCAGAAAUGUUUUUUUUUUUUGGGAGAUGAAUUCUGGUCCAAAACUGAAGAAUUUUGAUAUAUUCCCAAACAAAAUGGUUGACAUAUGACCGAUUUGAGUCAUAUUUAUGGAGGUUUUUUGUUUUGAAGAUUGAGCUUUUGAUUUUAAACAUGAGCUGAAACAUUGCCUUUUGCAUAUUUACUGGUCUGGCCAAUGGUACACAAUGCAAAAUUCCAAACAGGGUUCAUGGGAAGAGUCCCUUCUCCCUAUUUUCCCGCACACAUUCCGACUUUAUUUUCUACGGUAGAUCGCAAAACAAAAGACCAAAUUCGUUUUUUUGCUUUUUUUAAAGUGCUAAGAUUGAACCCGCAAGUGCUAUCUAACUUGAAGCUUCCAGCUGACGACAGUGAGUCCGGCCAUGAGCCUAAGACGAAGGCCACAGCGCCUCUGUAGCCAGAGCAACGUUCAUGGCCUUCUGAUGGCUCUGUGUUUAGCUAAUCUUCUUCCCUCUCUCCUGUCUUUUUAUAGAGGCCACUCUUCUCUCCCUUGAGGGUUAACUUUUAUUUAUUUCGAUUCCAACAGUUUUUGAGUCAUUACUGCAAGCUACUUUGAAUUUGUCUGUACAGGACUGCUAUGAUAUAACUUGUUUAUGUGACUCUUGGAUUAAAAAAAGUGGAAAAAUAA